AUGAACCAGAAAGUCAACAAUCCUCAACACAUCACCUAUUGCAUCGAAAAUAAGGCCACCCUCACUUUUCCUGCUUUUUGUGAGAAAUUCGAUUUGUUCAAAAGGGACUACGCUUAUUCCUGGUAUAAAAACAUUAUAUCCAAGUAUAUACCGGAUGAUUGCGAUAGGCAGACAAAGGAAUUCAAUUUAUGGAAAAGUUCCUUCGCAAGCAAACAGUUUUGGUUACAGAAACCACGAUUGGUGACGGAUCUUGACGCACAUCUCAGCAGUGCCGAAUACGUGCAAAAAGUUAUUCAACAAGAAAUUCAAGUCUUGCCUGAUGUCAAUUGCUCGACAUCCGUUCGCGUUUCCAGCCAUGAUACAACUCAUCGCUCGACGUCACCAUCAAUCGAUGAUAACACCACUUCUAUUACCUCGAAUUCUGAUAAUCAAGAAACUAAUGACUGGCAAGAGUCUGCGAAUACGCCUGUACUGGCAGAUUCCGUUUUAAACUCUAACUGCUUCGUUGCCACUGAUAAUGAGAAUUCCACCGAUGACUCGUCGGCUUCUGCGGAUAUGACAAGACAUAAUGACGCUGAUCUCCUAGAUCUGCCUGGACAUCAGACAUCAUCGACACUGCUUUCUCAUGCAAAUGCUUCAGCUGGAUGGAUGUUCAAAAGCACAAACAUCUCUACAUUAUUCAUGAUUUCAACAAAAGCACCUCAACAACAUAGUCAACUCAUGAUUGAUGUUUUCACUGAAGAAAUCUUGGAUGCUCUGACCGAAAAUCUUAUGCAUGAAUCAUUGAAACUGAAACUCGAUACUGGCGACGUUAUCUGCAGAAAAGUAUUUCGGAUUAUUGAUUCGGUACAAAUGCAUCGACUGGAUAAUGAUGAAGCCAAUGUACAAUUAUUACAGCUUUGUGGACAUGUAGAUAUACACACUGCUUGCAUGAUCCGUGGUAUUGCCAAAGCGAUGGGUGAGUUAUCAUUACAGGCUAUAAAGAACAAACAAUCAAUUAGCGAAUAUGAAUUAACAACCACCUAUUUUCAUCCAAUCUUGUCAUGUAUCUUAUCCAGUCCUGAAAAGCGUGUUUUAUUACGAUGGACCAAUAUCGAAUCGGAUGCCAGUGGUGAUAAAAGACCAAAUGCAACCCUGACAAAACUCACCCAAAUCUCGUAUUGGCCAAGCCUGGGCUUUGGUGAAGCAAAAGUGGCACAGCCCACUACAAACAACAAUGAUCUAUGCCAUAAUCUCCUGCACUUAGGAAUCUUUUGCAAAGAAGCCAUCGAUACCUACCAUUGGAAUGCAUGUUUAGCUUUUCAGAUUCAUGGAUUUACCAUUGAGAAUUAA